ACCGGUAAACUGGUAAGGAAAAACUAAACCCCUAAACUCUGUUGAGGGUUUUGAGUUUGGAAAGGACUCUUCCAACCUUUUUCCGAUCGGCGUCAACCAAAAUGGGUUCAAUGACAACAUUUUCUCCUCUGUACUCUCAUUUACAUGUUUAUACCCCUAAAUUCCCAAACCAUAAUCUCCCCAUCUCUUCAAAGCCCCCAGUUCACAUACUACACCAACUCCGAUUUCACCGAGUAAAACUUCACAUUUCCUCUAAGCUCCCUUUAUCACCUUUUCCUCGUAUACCCAAUUCAAAUCUCUCAAAGGGAAAUGGAUUCCUGGCUAAAUUUUUAUGUGAGAAACUGCUUAUUUCAUUUGUUGGGGCAUUUGUUUUCAUGGGUUGUUUCGGUUAUAAUACUAAGCCGAGUUUGGCAAUACCUUGUCAAACGAGUGAAUCGAGUGCAAAUAUAGAGGAAAAGAAGGAUACCCAGGUGGGCAAAAGUGAAGAUGAGAUGUUUGAAGAAGUUUUGAAGAAGGAGCCAAAGAAUGUGGAGGCGUUGAAGGUGGUUGUGUAUGGGAUGAUAAGAAGAGGAAAGACCAAGGAAGCUUUGAAGUAUGUGGGCAGAUUGAUAGAUAUUGAUCCGGAGGAAGUAGAAUGGAGGCUUUUGGAGGCACUAUGUUAUGAGAUGCUGGGUCAAUUGAGUAAAGCUAAAAGUUUGUUCAAGGAAAUAUUGGAAGAGAGGCCUCUUCUUAUUAGAGCUUUGCACGGUCUGGCAAUGGUAAUGCACAAAAACUUUGAAGGUCCGACUGUCUUUGAGAUGCUGAAUAAGGCUCUGGAAGUUGCUCGUCGUGAAAAAAGAGUGACUGAGGAGAGAAACGUCAGAAUUCUAAUUGCACAAAUGCAUCUUGUGAAGGGGCAACUGGAUGAAGCCUUGAAAAAAUUUCAAGAUCUGGUUAAUGAGAAUCCUCGAGACUUUCGCCCUUAUCUUUGCCAGGGAAUAAUUUACAGUCUAUUGGAUAGAAAAAACGAAGCUGCAGAACGGUUUGAGACAUAUAAGAGUCUUGUGCCUGAAGAAUUUCCGCAGAGAGGAUUUCUUGAUGAUGUUGUAUUGGCAGCAAAAACCGAGUCUCAGGAACAGUUUCAGGAGGAGUUUGAAACUGAAUUCUCAUACAGGAAGUGAAGCAACAGCUUCUCUUACGUUGUACUGCACUGUUUAAUGUUUUUAGCUAGAAUGUUGCUUCCCAUUGUAAAUAUAAUUAGUGGGAUGGGAAACUUGUGAACCAAUUAGAGUGGGUAAGUUAAGAUCUCAAUCCUGCAGAUGAUUUCAGUACACGAGCCGAAGCUCAUUGGUCAGACUAUAAUUUUAAUAGCAACACGCAUCACAGUUUUAUGAAUACGAUUGACCAAGGGCUUGGGAUUGAUAAUCACGUUGAAGAUGAUGCAUAUCAGUGAUCUAUUGUAAUACUACGAUGCAAAUCAGAAUCCCUGGUUCCUAGUUGGGCUCUUUAGGAUGAGAACAGUACAAUUGGGAGUAAUGUUUUUAAGGGAUGUGUAUGAUGAUGAGUUAGUUCAAAUCCAUUGAAACAAGUUUUUUUUUUUU